UUUACCGCCGUUUCUUCCCUCGGCCAAGUCUGCCGGUUGCCGCCAAUCUGACUCCCACAGACACACUGCUUAAAGUGUUGGACCUUGUACUUGACGUAGCGCCCAAGUCAGACGAAUUUAGAUCCAUAUCCGCGUCCGGCUCGUCCUUGCACGCCAUAAUUGCUAGUCCCCCCGCCCCCCGCAUAUCUCCCUGUCUCGUCUUUGCUCUUGCACAAUCCGCUUCAUCCAUCCAUAGACGGUAGACCGUAUGGCGGCAGCGGCGCCUAGCCCGCAGAGCAAUGCGGUCGUCUUCCAGCUCCCGACACCUCGCGCCGCCCCUGCGCCUCACGCGAUGAUACGCCCAUGUGCCGCGCCCCACGAGAUGUUCCGCCCGUUCCCCGCGGCGCCUGCGUCUGCGGAGCUGAAGCUCUCGGACUUGGACAAGGUCGGCGACCUCGGCGAGGGCGCCUGCGGAACGGUCACCAAGGUGCGCCUCCGCGGGGGAUCCUCCAGCGCGGUGUUCGCGCUCAAGACGGCCUACUACCCGGACCCCAACGCGGAGGAGGAGGCGGAGGUGCUCCGCCGGACCAGCGGGUCGCCGCACCUCGUCCGAUGCCACGCCAUCUUCCGCGGCGCCGCCGGCGAGCCCGCGAUGCUGCUCGAGCUCAUGGACGCCGGCUCGCUCGGCCGCGUCCUCCUCGCCCGCCGCCGCGCAGGGCUCCCGGAGCCCGCCCUGGCCGAGGUCGCCUCCCGGUGCCUCGCGGGCCUAGCCCACCUCCACUCGCGCGGCGUCGCGCACCUCGACUUCAAGCCGGACAACCUCCUGGCCAACUCCCGCGGGGACGUCAAGAUCGGCGACUUCAGCGAGUCCAGGAUCUUCUCGCGGACCCCCGGCGAGCGCCUGGAGGUCUCCAUCGCCGUCGGCUCGACCGCGUACAUGAGCCCCGAGCGGUUCGCGCCCGACGCCCGCGCCGGGCCGCGCGGCGCCUGCGCCGCCGACGUAUGGGGAUUGGGCGUCACCGUCCUGGAGCUGUUCUCGGGGCGGCGCCCCAUCCUGCCAGACGUGCAGAGGCCGUCCUGGGGGAUGCUGAUGGAGGCCAUCUGCCACGGAGAGCCGCCGGUGGUGCCGGAGAGCGCGUCCUCGUCGCUGCGCGGGUUCGUGACCGCCUGCCUGCAGAAGGACCCAAGGCGGCGCGGCACGGUGGCGCAGCUGCUCGCGCACCCAUUCGUGGCUCGCCGCGACGCAGGGGCAUCGCGCCGGGCUCUGCGGGAGAUCAUCUUGGAGACUAUGUAGGUGGCCGGUGCAAGCAGAGCGACAAAAGUCGCCUGCUUGAUCAGUUUUUUUUUUUUGACAGCUUGAUCAGGUGGUCGUUGUAAUCAGAUUCACAGAUUUCAUGUUUUCCGAUUCUUUGUUAGCGUGCUUUAUCUGUAACCCGGUCAGACAUACGUUCUGCCUAGAAUCUUUGUUAGUCAGAGUGAUGUGACUAGCAUAAUUGUGAUUUAGAUGAGAGAGAAAUGAAAAAGUGUCUGAUUCUCUUGGUUAGGAGAUACUCCCUC